GAUACAUUGAACAUUCAGGAUACAUUGUACAUUCGGGAUACAUUGUACAUUCAGGGUACAUUGUACAUUCAGGAUACAUUGAACAUUCAGGAUACAUUGUACAUUCAGGAUACAUUGAACGUUCAGGAUACAUUGUACAUUCAGGGUAUAUUGUAUGCACUUGCUUAGAUACAUCCAGAGUGGAUGUACCAAGAUUUUCUCUCUAUACCGAUCCUCAUUUAUUUUUAAAAAUUGGUUUAUAUAACCGAAAUUCUAAAAUAGUUCCUAUAAAUAUUAUAUGCUGAAUUUUUGAACUUUUUGAAACCCUAUGGAAAUAGUUUUAUUCAAUAUUUUUUUGUAAAAUUCUAUUACCAAAAUAAUCAGUGGCAGAUCCAGGAUUUUCAAAGGGGGGGGGGGGGAGCACACCUAGGUAAAAAGAUUAUAUUUGCAUUACAAAUUUUGAUUAAGGCUCUCAAAGGGGGGCACGGGUGGAUGUGCCCUCCUGCCCACUCGAUCCACCUAUGAAAAUAAUAUAUUAAUAGAAUAUUGUGCUUUGUCGGAUUUUAACAUUUUAUUUUUCUAUAGGUAUGGAAGAAAAGAACUUGAAGCUGAAAAUCCUGGAGGAUAUCUUGAAGACACUAAACUGUCAUAUACUUCCACAGUUUGGAGAUAUUGGACCAAAACAGAUUGAGAAACUUGUACAAGAAGAAACGCUUCUCUCAGUUGGUGAACUUGAAGAAAGCGUGGUAUGGAUGGGUAAUUACUUCUCUAAUCAAAGACAUAGCAAGCAAGAUCUUCUUCGGUUUGGUCUUUACAGUCAUUGGAAAGAUUACAUGCCAACACUUUCUAGUUUCCUGGGCUAUCUUGCUCUCAAUUUUGUCCUGAAAGAAGCAAAGAGGCUCCAAGAGACUGAUGGAAAUAUCGAACAAGGUAUUAGGAAGCUGUGGGAAUUAGUGCUAUCUUUGUUUGCACCAUGGGUUGGAUCAGCAGAAGCUGCAUCAUCAACAAGGCCUGGACAAUUUGAUGUUGUACCAGCUUGGAUGGAAGGAGAUGUGGACAGUGCUUUGGUCAUGGUGACACUAUUUAUUGAGACUACCAGCUUCAUACAGGCUCUCUUUCAUAAUGCCCAGCAUCCAGCAAAUUCCAAUGUACUCUCUUUGUUCUGGUCUUACUAUGUACGAUGUAUGGUGAAGAAAGGAGUAAGAGAAGACAUUCUGUAUACAUACCAUAGGGCAAUGACUAGUCUACCUUGGACUGAAUUCAUUCCUGAUGUUUACUGUAUGCAAUCCAUGGUUAAGAUGUAUGAAGAAGGACAGGAGAGUUGUGUUCUUUUCUUGGCAUCUAUCUUCCAUCGUAUCCAAUGGACAGGUAUACUAGAGUGUAUAAUCGCAAGGGGUGACAUACAGACUGCUAAUCUCUUUCUCUCAGCACUACUUAGUAUGCUCAUCAUCUUUAGCAACUCACCACCUAUCAUGCAAUCACAGGGACGCAAUAUAAAGGUUGUUAUUGCCGGAGCACAUGAGUUACAAUGGUACCUUAUAGAUGAAAGCUGCUAUCAUAGUGCCACCAUGUGGCAGCUCAGGAAGUGUAAUCCACGAUUUGUGUUGGAGGAAUACUCUGUUGGCUCAAUAUUAAAGUUAAUGCGAGCUGUAGGUGGAGUUGAAAGCAAGGAGCCACCAAACUUGCGGCUAGCUUCCAAACAAGCUUCUUACAUAGGAUUGGUUGUUGGCCUUAUGUGUCAAUGCUCGCAAAACAGGGAGAUCAGAGCUGAAGAGUUUACAAACCCACUCCAUGGUCUUCUCUAUGACAUCACUAUCAUAUCUUCUUCAGCGGGUCCAAGAGUUGAUUCAUCUUCCCACUUGUGUUCUCUCCUCACCACUGUGUUAUCACUUCUCAAUGGUUGUUCACCUAUUACUGGUGCUCCUGAUGCCAUUCUCAGAGGACUUACAUCAUGGCUUGCUACUUGUGCUGAUGAUAACCUAGUACUUCAAAUUAUCUCAGUAGCAUGUAAUUCCUUGGCCUCCACCAAACACAUGGCAGUUAUCAUUGAGUCUUGCAUUGAUUCCUAUUUUGCUACAGUGAAACCACCACCUAAUGAUAGGACUCAUGGCUGGGCUAGUAUUGUAUCAGUUCUUCAGAUCCCACAGCUAUCUCAUGAUGAAUUCCUUCUUCAAUGCUUAGAAGCUGGUUCGUAUCUCACUUUGUAUGCAUACCUUGCACAGAAGCUUCCACAAUGUAGGAGCCUAGAGGAGGAGACAGCUAUAAAUACUAGGCUGUUAGAGUGGUGUAUCAACUGCAAACCAAGUGGAGACAAUGAGUACAAGCUCUUGCUUUGGUGGUACAAGGCUAUUGAGCUUAGUGUGAGGAUGAUCAACUUCGGAGCCCCAGAGAGUAAUGUGUGUCGCUCUCUCAAUAAUCUAGCGCCAGCCAUUUUGACAUUAGGAGAAGAUAGGAAAUCAUCUGGUAUCCUAGGAGCGUUGGGUUUUGGUAGACAUUCCCAACUCUCUUUGAGGUUUCGUCUAGCAGCAAGAAGCCUUGCAGUGUUUAUCCUGGCACAACUUCCAAAGGAAGGUAUCCGCAUGGUUGCCUAUGCUCCAGGAGCAGUGGUGUACCCCAGCACAUCUCGUACUUCACGUGGCUCUAGUGGGACUAUUCAUCAGGCCUUGAAGCUUCUUGAUAGUACACUUGAGAACAGGAGCUACGUAGAUCUAAAGACAAUCACAGAGUAUGUACGAAACUUCAUUAUAGAUGACCAUCAUUGUUUGCCCGAUGGUGUAUACUUGACUUCUUAUCUAGCAUCUAAUCUAUUUCCUGAGAGAGCCUGUCUUAAUGUUAUAUGUCAAAAAAAUACAGUGCCACAUAUUAGUACAUGAACUAUCCAUUAUAGGCUAUAAAUGUGGCUAUUUUGUUAGAAUUAACACAGUUAUUGUAAGAUUUUUUUAUUUAUCGUUAUACACUUUUUUUUAUUGGUGUCUGUAAGUAAAAGAAUAUUGAAUCAAAUUUUAUUUUAAGUGAGAUGUAGUUGCUUUCAUUUUCAUGUUAAUUGUCACACCGCCCCCAAAGAGUGCAAUGUAUUUGUUUUCAUUAAUGUCUAUUUUGGGAUAGUUGUGGUCUUCAAACCAAUUUCAUGCCAAAGUCAAUAGUUUUCAGUGUUACUUCUUUUUGUAUCAUAAUCAAAUAAUUGCCAUUAUUGUCGAAAACAUAUACGAAAACAUAUAAUUAUGUGUAUUCAUAUAUUGUAAAGAUAUAUGUAUAUCUAGAGGUUAUACCAUAUACCAGGAAACUCUCACAUUUUUUAAAUAAGAGAAGAACUGUUUGAGGUUUCAAUAUCAAAUAUGGCACAGUUGGCUCAUGUAUCCAUCUAUCCAUUUUUCAUUCAACUUCUCUCAUUUCUUUAUUUCUGCAUCAGUUGUGUUUGUACUUGGUAGAAAUAAUAAUUUGGUAAUCCCACACAUCUUCAUGAUAAUAUAAGGUCAAAGGUCAUCUAGUGGUCAAAAUAUCAAAGUGCUUCUUUUAUUGAAUGCAAAAGCAGGUGAAACCUGUGGUUUGUGAACCACCUUGUUAGUUGAUAAGACUGCUUUUAAAAAUGUUGAUAUAUUUUAUGACAUUUUUAGUAGCAAACACCAUUUAUCAUGGAUCAAUACAUGGCUGUAUAAGUGUGAUUGAUAAAAUGUAAAAUGAAAAUGAACCUUGGAAUAAAAUUAUUUGAGUGAGGGGGAAUAAUGAGGAAAUAAUGGUUGUAAGAAAAUUUGAGUUUCUUAGGUACAAAAAUUUUACUUUUAGAAAAAUUAGGCUCUUUGAAAGGUAAAUGGCCUUUGCCUCUCCCCCUGACAGCGGUUCUCAAAAGUUGGUGAACCCCACCAGAAAAUAAACACAUUUAAAGUGUUUAAUUUCUGUCAUGUUUAAAAUAUUAAUUGUGAAGUCAGGUGAAAACUAUAUUUUAGUCAAAGUAGUUUCUGUUGGCUCACCAAACAUUGUAGUGUUGUUGCCUACAUUCAAUACUCAGCAUGAAAGAGUGCAUUUUGUGGUGGGUUUCACUAAGUUUUGAGCACAAAUCAUUGUACAGGGUGUUUCUACAAAAAGGUAACCAAAGUUCUAAAUAAUAUGUUUCUUUCUACUGCGCUUGAUGCUUUGUAUUAUAUUAUUACCCCGGCUUUAGCUGAGCCGCCGUAUAGGCGCUAAAGCAUUCAAGGAAUAAAUCCUAUCGGAUACCCAUUCACCUCACCUGGGUCGAGUGCAGCACAAUGUGGGUAAAUUUCUUGCAGAAGGUAAACAUGCCAUGGCUGGGAUUCUAAUCCACGUCUCUCUGGUUGAAAGACGAGAGUCGUAACUUCUAGACCCCAACCCCCCCCCUAUAUCAAGAAUACAUGAUUCUUUUCCUGUCUAUUCUGAAUAUCUGAGUAACUCAUCAACUUUGAUUUGAAACCUUCCUUGCAUCACAAUUGUCAUGAGUCAGAGUUAUGGUCCUUUCAAGGCGAAGGGUAGGGGAAGGCAGGGUAAGUUGAGCAAUUUUUUGCUUUUUCCAUGUUAGAACUUAUAUGAUUCGUAAAAAUGAGUAGCUUGCCAUAAAAAUUGAAUUCUUGGGGAAACAUUUUUUACCUAUAUAUAACAUUAUACCCCCACUCUGAAAGUCACGGCCACCUUUGAAAAAAAAAAGUCAAAUGGCUUAACUUGCCCCACCUAUGUGGUAAGUUGAGCCACAAAAACCAUGUACAAAAGGUAUGGGACAAGAACCAGCAUGACAAUUUUUUUAUUUAAAGUCUUUUUCACUCGCUAAUUCUCUAUAAAUACUAACAUCCUCCGGAAGUAAACAACUGCAUUGUGAAUUUGGUCCUUUCUGCCUGCAUAUCAAUAGCUUUUCAAGUUUUUUUAUUACCAAAUGAAUUACCAUGACUCAAGUUACCCCAGUCCAAACUUAUGUGAUAUUUUCACAUCCGCACAUUUCAUAUGCAUCCAUCAUUUAAGACUAUGACAAGAAUGAGGAUCCAUACCUGGACUGACAAUAUUGUUCUUUUGUCUUUAUUAUGUUUAAGAUGCGUGUUGGUAAAAAGCAUUUAUCUAUUUCACACCUUUUUUUUAAUACUUUUCUGACUGAAAUUUGUAUUUUUCCCUCUGACAAAUUAUUUUUUGUUUCAAUGUUGAAAACAAUGUGGUGGGGUUACUAGGGGUUAUGCAAUGGGUCAUCAAUACAUGACACAACCACAAUGUCUGACUUAUUCAUUAAUAGCCUUGUGGUGGUGACUCAACUCCUUCCCCUACAGAACCUUUUUUUUCCAAGUUUUAAAGGUUUUAAUGUACAUGCACGAAACCCACUUUUUUGAAAGGUUUUGGUUUCAUCAAAGUUUUUCCCUUCAAAUUUCAUGAAUGUUGUCGCUUCUGCUAACUUUUUUGCGAGUGAAUGUCACAUAAAUGGUGUCUAGUUGGAAUCUUGGUUGAGUACAUCUUGGUGACUUGCAGGCACAUGUUUGGCACAAGACAGAUGUUCUUUGCCACUUUCUCGCAAUGGUUAGAAGAGCAAUGCGAGACAUGUAGUGUCGACAGAGGAGGUACUGUGAAAAUGUUGAAGGUGUUGGCGCAAAAGGUAGUGAUGAAUGUUUUCAACAGAGAUUGAAGUUGGCAGUUAAUAUGUAAAUAGCAGUCACAAAAAGUUAGCAUAGGGGAUAGCAUUUCACUGGAAUUUGAACGGGAAACCGAAACUGUACAACAAAGUUGGUUUCGUGCAUGUACAUAACAACUCCCAAACUUGGAAAAAGUAGGUUUUGUACCCUUCGCCUUUAAAGGACCAUAACUCUAUGACCAGUGACAAUUGUGAUGCAAACAAGGUGUUAAAUCAAAGUUGAUGAGUUACCCAAUUAUGUAGAAUAGAAAUCAUAAUAAUUCAUGUAUUUCUGAUUUGGCUGACCUUUGAACUUUGGUUAACAUAUCUUUUUUUAAGAAACACCCUGCAUAUAUACAUUUUCUGUUGUGUAUCUGUGAUUAUGUACUUUAUGAAUGAAUAAAUCAAAUAAAGCUAACUUGGGAAGGUCACACAUUGAAAUUUACAUGCAAAACUCUCUUACAGCAGUUAUUCAUUGCUGCCUUGCUUUUUAUUUCAACUAUACCUCAGUAACAGAUGCACUGAGAGGGCCUACAUUUUAUUAUCCAAGUCAGAGUUCAUGUGAUAAGCUUUAAAAGAUAAUUUGAUGUCAUCUGUUGAAAUUUACAUAUAAGACAUCGAAAGUUCAAUAUUUCUACACAUUCUACUGCAAUAUGUCACCUAAACUUGUAGGAAUAUUUAGAGUACAAAAAGAGUGCAAAGGUGACUUAAGGAUCACAGAGUUGCAUCUUUCAUUAUUUCUGACUGUAUAAGUUUGCCUUAAAAGACGUUACUAACUCUUAUUUUUCAUAUAAACUCCGUUCUCGUGUUUAUUUCUUCAAGUAAUAAGCUCAUUAUGACAAUACACUGUAAAAAUCAUUUAAAGCCUUCAGCUAGACUGAUACCAACAGGCCUACAUACAUUAUGAGAUUUAGCUUUUUUUAAAUAUGUACAAACUUUUAUUGAACUAAUGGAACAUUACAAUAUUACCAAGAAAGUGUAUCAUUUAGUUAGAAAACACAUGAAUUAUGUGAUAAUUGCAUGUUUGACUUCCAUGUUAUUUUGACUAUUGCAGGAAAAACAAUGACAAUUUGCAUAUAUGUUUAUUUUAUGGGCUAACAAUUAUUGAACGUCUUCAAAGUAGAUCUUCAUUAAAUAUUUCACAGAAUGUACUGAUGUGUAGAUUAGGCAAGAAAAAAAUUGUGUCAUCUGUGAACAUCAUGAAAUUUAAUUUUCCUAGAUAUGAAUAAUAUAUCAUCUGUGUAUAUUGGAAAUAGAAGAGGACCUACAUGUAAGAUUAAUUCUCAGGUCUCCAAAGCCAAGGAAUAGAAGUCCAUGUUAAUAACCAUUGUAUACUUUUUGCCCUUCCAGGUAAUAUUACUCAAUUUUUAUCUGUUCUUCUCGUGUUAAGUUUAUGGAAUGCUUGAUAGUCCAGUCAUCAGACAAUUGCUUAUCCAAGAAAUAAAAUAGCUGUUUUAUUCAGCAUUUAGGUACUUGUUUAAUGAAUUCAAUGAGAGCAGAAAUGACUGAAUGUUUUGGUCUUAAUUGAUUUUGAGAGCAAAUUAAAUACAUUAGGUUUGUAAAUUGGAAGUUCAGAUGAUUGUAAAUCGUUCUUAUAUUCUGAAUAUAUCUUUAAUGAGAUUGGUUGGAAUUUAAAUUGGUACUUCCUUUUUGUACAUAAACAUCUAUCUUUAGAUAUUCGUGAACAAAUUAAUAAAUGACACCAAGUGGAUUACCGUAUAUAA